AUGGAAUUCGAAUCCAGCCGAGAUUCGACAAUUGCAAUAAAGAUCAAACAGCUUGCAACGAAUGUCUAUGAAUUUGCGGUGGAAACAGAAGGUAUAACUGAGACGAUGAUGGGAGAGGAAGAGAAAUUAUCACCACGUGUUUAUCGUCGAAUGGAAGACAGGAAAGCUUGGGAUGCAUAUUGGCAGUUGCGAAAACUCGAAAGUGAGGGAAGCUAUUACAUCCGGCUUUUGUAUUAUGUCCAUAAAGCGGUGGAUACGCCGGUUACAUGGUUCAGAGAGAAGAUCGUGGAGCCGUUGAAUGACAAGUAUCGUUCACCAUACUAUCACCGUAAGUUGAAUCGGGUUCCGGGAAUUGAUGAGUGUGCUGUGGAUGAUUUGUCAUGUUUUUAUGAGGCCAAUACACAAUUCCGACUUGACAAGUUGGUGGACCAGAACAUCCUGGAUAUUCUUCGCCUGCGACUUUCCAGAUGUAUGGAUUACAAUGCUCCGAAUUUCGUUCCGUGUGCAAAGUUGAUAGAUGAUGUGGAGGAGAACGAGUUAAAUUUCUUCAUAAAAUAUGGUGAAAUCGGGCAGGAAGGUGAUGUUCGAGAUGCCUACAUGAAACAGAAACAUCGAAUGAUUUGGGAGAGACGACAUCCGGAAAUAAUGAAAGCACGCGCAGAAGCGUGCGAAGAACACAAAAGACGAGUUGCAAAUGGUGAGUUUGAUUAUUCCUUCUGGAAAAAAAGGCUUCUGGCACAGCGAUAAGAGCAGAAUGGAGAUGCCGAAUGUUGUCCAUCACAGCAAACCAAGCAUUGAGGGUGACAAACCAUUAUCGUUUGACUGGCAGUUCUACAAGAAAGCUAAAGAUGAUCCGGAAUUCCUAAAAGAGGAAAAGAAGAAGCAAAGUAAAGCAACAAUGUUUGGUCCAUGGUAGUAUUGAGGUGAACUGUUUAUCAGUUACAUAUUAGCGCCAGUCUGGGUUUUCUCAGUGCUUACUUCAUUCUGCUGCUUUUAAAAUGCUUGCCUGGUAUGGUAAUGCUAAAACCGUAUCUCCGGAAUCUUUUGUAGUCUAGGAAAUGCUGUCUGUAUAUUUUGGGACUUUAGGAUAUAAAAUACCAAAUGUG